AUGAGCCUUUUCGGGAAGAUCUUUGGCGGCAAGAAGGAACCCCCGGCGCCCUCCACGCAAGAAAGCAUCCAGAAGCUGCGGGAAACCGAGGAGUUGCUGAUCAAGAAGCAGGGAUUCCUUGAGACUAAAAUCAAAGAGGAAGUUGCGACAGCUCUCAAGCAUGGAUCCAAGAACAAGCGAAUGGCCCUCGCUGCUCUUAAUCGAAAAAAAAAGCUCGAGAAAAACUUGAACCAUUUGGACGGCGUGCUGCAGACGAUCGAAUUCCAACGAGAAGCGUUAGAAAAUGCUUCGACCAACGCUGAAGUGCUUCAAGUGAUGGGUGGAGCUAGCAAGGCUUUGAAACAAGCUCACAACAACAUGGACAUCGAUCAGGUUCACGAUCUGAUGGAGGAUAUUGCUGAACAACAAGAGGUGGCCAAUGAAAUAGCCGAAGCCAUUUCCAACCCUGUUGGAUUUGGCCGAGACGUCGAUGAAGAUGAUCUAUUGAAGGAAUUGGAAGAGUUGGAGCAGGAGGAACUUGACAAGCAACUUCUCGACGUACAGCCUACCCCUGCCGCCCCAGUUCGCCUUCCCGAUGUCCCUGCAACUUCCCUCCCCUCCGUUCCGGCCCGAGCUCCCGCCAAGUCUGCGGCCGACAGGGACUUGGACGAACUCGAACAAUGGGCUAACUCU